AUGGAAGCCAAUAUAUCUUCGGAUCAGAAGGAGCGCCAGUCUGAAGGCUUACAUCCCGAAAUAGAACCCUCAGACCUUGACCAUGAGGUCGUGGUAGUCGACGACGAUGGCACCGCUGUGAACGCAUCCGGUUGGAAGGACCAGCUAGACCGGCAAUAUGGACUACUUAGUCUAUGCGGUAUUGCUUUGACAGUGGAUAAUGCGUGGGUUGCCUUGGGCAGUUCCAUAUCAGUCUCCAUCGCAAAUGGCGGACCUCCUGGCCUUAUUUUCAGCCUUAUCGUCGCCGGUGCAUAUUACUCGUUCAUUGGUCUUAACUUAGCAGAGUUUGCGUCGGCCAUCCCCUCCGCAGGCGGCGUCUACCACUGGGCCACAGUCACAGGCGGACCACGCUGGGGCAGAAUUUUGGGGUUCUACGCAGGCUGGAUCAAUUUCUUCGGGUGGAUGUUCGACCUUGCAUCCCUGGUGCAAAUCACCGCAAACAUCACCAUCCAGAUGUACGCCACCUACCACCCGGACUACAUCCAGCAGCCGUGGCAUACCUACAUCACCUAUCUAUUAGUCCUCUGGAUAAGUACAUUUAUUGUCAUCUUUGCGAAUAGGCUAUUACCCUACUCGCAAUACGCGGGCAUGUUCUUCGUCAUUGUCGGGGGAGUGGUGACUAUUAUCGUACUAGCUGCUAUGCCCAAGACUCACGCUACCUCACAUUUUGUCUGGGGUUCCUUUGGCGAGAACAACCUAACAGGAUGGACGGGAGGUGUUGCGUUUCUCUGCGGAGUACUCAACGGAGCUUUCACUAUUGGGACACCUGAUGCUAUCACUCAUAUGGCUGAGGAACUUCCUCGUCCUAAGAAAGAUUUACCGAAGGCUAUUGGACUGCAGAUUGGCUUGGGUUUUCUUUACGCAUUCUGCUUUGCGAUUGCUCUCUGCUACUCGAUUACUGACCUGGAUGCCCUUCUAUCAGGAGUCAACAGUUAUCCUCUGGCUACCAUCUACGCGCAGGCUACUGGAAACAAUUCCGGAGCUACCUUUGGCCUGCUGUUUAUCAUGUUUUGUUCGUCGGUCCUGUGUACCAUCGGCACUGUACUAACCAACUCGCGCAUAUACUGGUCCCUUGCACGCGACAACGCCGUUCCACUAUCCUCUCUAUUUGGCAAGGUCAAUGAAAGGCUCAGCUGCCCUAUCUACGCAACCCUGCUAUGCGUAAUCUUUGCAACCGGCCUCGGUGCAAUCCCCCUCGGCAGCAGCACCGCCUUCAUCGAUCUAACGGGCUCCUUCAUCAUUCUCACCACAGUAUCCUACGCAAUUCCCAUCGUCGCAAAUAUGUUGACGGGUCAGAAAUAUCUUCCCAAAGGACCGUUUCAACUUGGCGGGGGCGCUACGAGUUUAUUUGUGAGAUGGGGAGCUGUUGUGUUGAUCAUGUUUUUUAACGUUUUCUAUUGUUUCCCAUAUUCAAUCCCUACUACCAGCGCCGCUAUGAAUUACAAUAGUGUGAUUCUGGUAGGCGUUGUAGCAUUGACGAGUAUUUGGUGGUUGGUCCAUGGGAUCAGGAAUUAUGCUGGGCCACGGUUGACUCAUUUGUAUAUACAUGAGGGGAUUGAGCAGGUUAGUCAAGUAGCUGCAAUGCCUGUGCAGUCGAAAUCGGAAGAGAAGACUGUUUCCAGCGAGUCAUAA